CGGCCUACUCCGAGCCCUGGAGGUGCUUUUCUUGGCCUCAGCCAGCAUUUCGGAGCGGCUUUGGCGGGCGGAAAGAUGCUGGGCCGGAGUAGCCUAACCUUCGUCUUUCUGACCGUGGCCGUCACCUGCGCCGUGGCGCAGCACGCGCCCCCGUGGACAGAAGACUGCAGAAAAUCAACUUACCCUCCUUCUGGACCAACCUACCGGGGGCCGGUCCCGUGGUACACCAUAAAUCUCGACUUACCGCCCUACAAGAGAUGGCACGAUUUGCUCACUGACAAGGCAUCGUCGCUAAAGAUUAUCGUGAACUCACUGAAGGAUGUAGUAAAUGCUUUUGUUCCAAGUGGAAAAAUUAUGCAGAUCGUGGAUCAAAAGUUGCCUGGUCUACUCGGCAACUUUCCUGGCCCCUAUGAAGAGGAAAUGAAGGGGAUUGCCGAUAUUACGGGCAUACCUUUAGGAGAGAUUAUUUCAUUCAACAUUUUCUAUGAGUUUUUCACCAUUUGUACUUCGAUAAUAGCAGAGGACAAAAAAGGUCAUUUAAUACACGGGCGGAACAUGGAUUUUGGAAUAUUUCUUGGGUGGAAUAUAAAUAAUAACACCUGGGUUGUAACCGAGGCGCUAAAACCUUUAACAGUGAACUUGGACUUCCAGAGAAACAACAAAACUGUCUUCAAGGCGGCAAGCUUUGCUGGCUAUGUGGGCAUGUUAACAGGAUUCAAACCAGGACUGUUCAGUCUUACACUAAAUGAGCGUUUCAGUACAAAUGGCGGUUAUAUGGGUGUCAUAGAGUGGAUUUUGGGGAAGAAAGACGCCAUGUGGAUAGGCUUUAUCACUAGAUCAGUCCUGGAAAAUAGCACAAGUUAUGAAGAAGCCAGGAAUAUACUGAUCAAAACGAAGAUACUGGCCCCAGCGUACUUCAUCCUGGGAGGCAAUGAGACGGGGGAGGGCUGUGUGAUCACACGGGACAGGACAAAGUCUCUGGACGUGCACGAACUCGACCCCGAGCAGGGUAGGUGGUAUGUGGUGGAAACUAAUUAUGACCGUUGGAAAAAUCCCUUCUUCCUUGAUGAUCGCAGAGGAGCUGCCAAGAUGUGUCUCAACCAUACGACACAAGACAAUAUCUCAUUACCAACCAUGUAUGAUAUCCUGUCAACAAAACCUGUCCUCAACAAGCUGACGGUGUUCACAACCCUGAUGGACGUCACCAAAGGUCAAUUUGAAACUUACCUGCGGGACUGCCCAGACCCCUGUAUCGGGUGGUGAGCACCCACCUGGCCUACACAACGUGCUGUGAUGCUGGGGGGCUCUCGCGUGGCCGGCCUGUGCA